AAUGGGCCAGCGGAUUCAAUCCGGAAACCUAAAAUGGCUUCUCAGCUAAUCACAUGGAGCUGGUUCACCACCCCCAAACAACGUAAAACCCUCCAUCGCCACUAAAUCCAACAACGUAAAACCCUUAACCACCGCUAAAUCCACCUCCUCCACCAUCUACCACCACCAUCAUCUUCACAUGAUCAAAUUCGGAAUGCAAUUAAUUCAUUCUGAUAAAUUAUCCUCUCGACCUACCCCUAUAUCUGUUAUAAACGAACCGAGGUACGUUUGAUCCCUCAUUCUCUCUGUUUAUACAUUCAUUCUUGCACCUGGGGUGGGUUUGAGUUUCGAUUCAACCACUUAAAAGACCGCAGAUUUUGCUCCUAUGGGUAUGAUUCCGAUUUGAGAUUCGAAAAUAUGCUCUCUCUGCGCCUAGGUCGCAGAUUUAGAACAUACACCACCAUUCCAGCCUCCAUUACCUCGACUUCUAAAACUAAAACUACCUUGACUGCAAAGGAUAUCAAGAAACCCUUAACGUUAGAGGAACCUGCCCUAAUUAAGCUCAAGGCAGAAAGAGACCCCGAAAAAUUAUUUCAUUUGUUCAAGGCUAAUGCCAAUAAUCGCCUUGUUAUAGAAAAUCUGGUUGCAUUUGAAGACACAGUUUCCAGGCUAGCAGGCGCUGGGAGGUUUGAUUACAUCGAGCAAUUACUUGAGCAUCAAAAGGCACUUCCUCAAGGCAGACGCGAAGGGUUCAUAAUGAGGAUUAUCAUGUUAUAUGGAAAGGCUGGAAUGGUUAAUCAUGCCAUCGAUACUUUCAAAGAUGCUCUUUGUCGAAUGGGUAUCCCUGAUAAAGCUUACAUGGUGAUGGGAGAGAUGGAAAAAUCAGGGAUCACACCUGAUGUGAUCACAUACACUACUCUUAUUUCAUCUUUCUAUAAACUGAAUCGAGCAGAAAUAGGAAAUGGGCUUUGGAAUCUUAUGGUGAUGAGAGGCUGUUUACCAAAUUUAGCAACUUUUAAUGCUAGGGUUCAGUUCUUGGUGCAUAAAGGACGCUCAUGGCAGGCUAAUAGUUUAAUGGGUAUGAUGCGUUACCUUGGAAUUUCCCCUGAUGAGGUUACAUUUAACUUGGUGAUAAAAGGGUUUUGUAGAGCUGGUUAUAUUGAUAUGGCUAAAAGAGUUUAUUCUGCUUUACAUGAUGAGGGAUACAAGCCAAAUGCAAGAAUAUAUCAAACAAUGAUGCAUUAUCUAUGUAAAGAAGGCGAAUUUGACAUGGCAUAUACAAUGUGCAAAAAUAGUAUGGAAAAGAAUUGGUUUCCAAGCAUCAUUAGUAUAUGUCAACUACUUCAAGGGCUUCAGGCUACAGGGAAGAUUGAAAAAGCUAGGUUUAUUUUAUCUUUGGUGCAUAAAAAAGUACCUUCAUUUAGCUCAAAUCAAAUGGAAGAAGAAACUGCAUAUGAACUUGCUAUAAUUAUCCAAUAAUAAGUUAUGGAUGAAAGAGGAAAGGAUGUUGGGGAAGCACAAGGACACGUGGCAUCAAGACAGGAGGAUCAUAUAUAAGUAUUUUACAGAAGAGGGAAACACUGGAAACUGAAGAACUGACAAAUGGGGAUGAUUUUUGAAAAAAAGACUCCUUAGUUACAAUAUAAAGUGAGAGGUUAGAGACUAGAAAGAAACAAAAUAGACCACUUUACCCUCAUGCGACAUUCAUAUGACAUGGCAGGGGUUAACACCCCCUCUAAAAUGAAAUCCAGCUGGUUGACUUUAUUCUUGUCCUAAAUUUGAAAUAAAGUACCUAGUAAUUUGAAUGUUCAUGAUAUCAUCAUAUGACACUAUAUCUAGGUUUGUAUUUCGGUGAUAUAAAACAUUU